ACAACAACAAACAAACAAUGUUAUGUCAUGCAAAAUUUUAUAAUUAUUAGAUCUACCGCAGUAUGUUUUUCUUUGGGGAUAAAUCUUUUUUACCCUUUGACUAUUCUAACUGCUGCCAGUUGUAGCCUUAAAUUGCUCUAACUGUCGUGCUGGUAUUUGUAGCCUUUAAGAGCUCUUACUGCUGACGCAGCUGUAGCCUUUAACUGUUCUUACUGCUGGACAGUUGUAGCCUUUAAUUGCCCUUACUGCUACCAAUCGAAGCCUUUAACUGCUCCCACUUCUGUGGCAGUCCUAGCCUUUAAACGCUCUUACUUCUGUGCCAGUUGUAGCAUUUGACUGCUCUUGCUACAACUGUGCCAGCUGUAGCCUUUUGCUUUUACUGCUACCAAUUGUAGCCUUUAACUACUCUUAAUGCUACCAACUGUAGCAUUUAGCUGCUCUUACUGCAGCGGCAGGUGUAGCCUUUAACGGAUCUUUACUGCUGGAAGUUGUGACCCUUGACUGCUCUUGCUUGCUACUGUGCAAAUUGUAGCAUCCAAGUGGUCUUACUGCUACCAGAUGUAGCCUUUAACUGCUCUUAAUGCUACCAAAUGAAGCCUUUAACUGCUUUUACUGCUGUGGCAGGUGCUGUAUGAUUUUUUUCUUUAAAUGGAUCUUACUGCUGCAAGUUGUAGCCUUUAACAGUUCUUACUGCUGUGCAAGUUGCAGCCUUUGACAGCUCUAACUGCUGCCAGUUGUAGCAUUUAAAUGCUCUUACUGCUGCCAAUCUCAAUUGUUGCAGUUAACAGCUGUAACAUAUGCAGAUAAGUGCAAACGUCGACAAUUGAAAUGAAAUGGAUUUGACCAAAAGGUGAAAAGUGUGUUGUAGUAAUGUAGUAAUAGAUGUAGUAACAAAAUAUAUACGUAGAUCUAUAACUUCAAAAUCAAAAUCAAUAAUUUUGGGAUAUAAUCUUGCAAAAGCUUAAUUUUCAAUUGACCUAAGAGAGGCACAAAUACAAAUAAUUGUAAAUGUUGUAUCAUCAAAGAGAGACGUGCAAAAGUAGGAUAGAAAAAAUAGUAUCUGGUCACUUAAAUAUCAAACAAGCAAGGUUUAAUUAAGGAUGAUUAACUGUGAAAACUUAAAGUUAGAUUAUACAAGAAAAAAAAACACAUAACGUUUUAGUGUAUAUCUAUAGACAGUCUGUGAACAUAGUUUCAAAUGUAUGAAUUUACAGGUUUGAGUGUAUGGAAUAUGCUAAAUUUACAUUUGUCCUCAGCAUCACAGCUUUAAAUUAAUUGUAUUGCUUAUAGUAUGCAUAAAUAAAGAUCAGAUCAUUUGUAAACUUAAGCCAUCUUUUGCCGACUCUUUUUUUUUUACAUUUUUAGGUAAAAUCGUAGUCAAAAGAAAUGAUUGAAACUCACAAAGCUUUGUUACUAUUUCGUUACAAAUAAAUAAAUGUCAUUUUGUCAAAUGCAAGAGCAAUGAUCCUGCUCCUACUGACUGAAUCCACAGAUCUGCACAAGCACAACUUUCAAAUACAAAUAUAUAUAGUUCGCAUAGUCUAUUUUACCAAAGUCAAUGCCUGUCAUUUAUCUCUUAGGCCUACUGAUGGAAUCUUAGGUUGAAUCUCCGGUGCAGUUAUUCUUUCCGAACACAUAGUUUCAUUAUUUUAUAACUUAAGGAUAUGAUUAAACAUAACAACCCUAAACGGAGUUACAGUUCUUAGGUUACAAGUUUAUCUAUACAAAGUGAUCAUUGCUAUAUAACUAUGAUAACUUGUGCCUACUGGUCCUGCUGAGCAACGUGUCUUGAAAGACUGAGUAUGGAUAAGGGUAAUCUUGACUUUUCAAAUGUAAUUGCUCUGCUUCAAAAUCUGAAAUUGUUACCUUUGGAUAGAAUAGAAAUAGCCCAAUCUCAGUAGAAGACCAGGGCGCAUUUUAAGUUGAAAAAGUGUUUAAAUUCCGUUUUAUAUUUUUUUCUGUACACGAUGGCGAGUGAUUUAUUUCUCGAGGAUGAAAAUUUUGAUGAAGUGAUUUCGAAGAACCAUUAAUUGAUUGGCAUGGCCUUAUAGAAUGUUAGUUUUACCUAGAGUUUCGUUUCUUCUUCAUAGAAUCCGCACUAAUGAAUUUACUUCCUGGCAGCCAUUUUGACGCAGAGCGUAAAAUGGCGAGCGAUAUUUUAGUCGCGUCAAUAGACUUUGGGACUACAUUCUCUGGCUGGGCGAUAUUGUUUGCUCACGAAUUUGAAUCUGAACCCACGAAAGGAUUCGUGAAACAAUGGCAUUCGAGUGGCACACUGAUCACAGAGAAAACGCCGACAGUGGUACUGAUAAAGCCAGAUGGUCAAACACUAGAAGCUUUUGGUUAUGAUGCUGAAAACAGAUAUAAGGAAUUGAUAGACGAAGAGGAGCAUGAAGAUUACUACUACUUUCAGCGAUUUAAAAUGAAGCUUCAUAAACAACUAGGAGAGAACAUCAACUUGGACAUGACACUGAAAGAUGAAAUGGGUCGUAAGUUACCAGCAAUUGAUGUAUUUUCCUUGGCAAUUAAGUUCCUGGUAGAUGAUAUGCAUACAGUGGUUAAGGACAAGAUUGCAGGGUCAAUCAAGAGGUCAGAGGUACACUGGGUCAUUACUGUUCCCGCAAUUUGGACAGACUCCGCCAAGCAAUUCAUGAGAAAAGCUGGAGAAAAUGCUGGUAUUGCCGCUGACAAAUUGAGUAUCGCGCUUGAACCAGAAGCAGCUUCUCUUUUUUGCCGCCAUCUAUCAGUUGAUAAACGAGUAGACACUACAGGCAUAGCAAUAGCCUCUUUUCCAGCCGGAACUAAGUACAUGGUUCUCGAUGCAGGAGGUGGAACAAUAGAUAUCACAGUUCAUGAAGUUCAGCCUACUGGCACAGUCAAAGAGAUAAAAGCUGCAAGCGGUGGUGGCUGGGGUGGAACUCUUGUUGAUGAAGCUUUUGAAAAAUUGCUCAUUGAUAUUGUUGGCAAGAAUGUUUACAAAGAAUUCAAACAAGACCAGACGGAGGACUGGCUGGACCUCUGGCGUGAUUUUGAAAUUAAGAAGAGAAACGUGAGUCCAAAAAUGCCGAAUACAAAAGGACAACAGCAAAAGCGAGAACAAAAAGUAGUUGCAAUGAGGGUUCCUGUGUCUAUAUGCAAAGUCUACGAAAGAAAAUGCGGAAAAAGCUUGGCAAAAGCUGUUGAGUCUUCUUCUUAUGGGAACAAUGUUCAUUUUGUUGGCGACAAAAUGAAGUUUGACGUAGAAGUAUUUAGGAAGCUCUUCGAUACAUCCUUGUCAAAAACUAUUCAACAUACUGAAAAUCUCCUCCGUGAUCGAGCUGUUCGCGACAUUAGGGCAAUAUUGAUGGUAGGAGGCUUUUCGGAGUCGCCGAUGCUGCAAGAGAAGGUGAAAUCUUCAUUUCCAGGUAUUGAUGUCAUAAUACCUGCAGAAGCUUCAUCUUCUAUAAUGAGGGGUGCGUUGAUCUUCGGUCAUAGUCCAAAAUCUAUCUCGGAAAGGGUGUUAAAGUAUACAUAUGGGGUGGAAAUGUAUACUACUUUUAUUAAAGGUAAGCAUCCCGAAAGUAAGCGAGUAAUGAAGGAUUCUGGACCAGAAUGCAAACAUGUGUUUCAUAAGCAUGUCGAAAGAAACCAAGUUGUCAAAGUUGGCGAACCCCAAGUCACUCACCAAUAUACUCCUGUGGAUAGGGAUCAAAAGUCAAUGAGGUUCCCUGUGUUUGCGUCCGAGCUUAAAGAUCCACAGUAUACUGAUGUCGGGUGCAAAUAUGUCGGAGAAAUGUCAGUAAACCUGCCUGAUCACGAUGGGGACUUAAGUCGUGCAGUGAAUCUUUCCCUUACUUUUAGCGGCACAGAGAUUGAAGUGACAGGCAUAGAUGAAAAAACAGGAGAGGAGACAAAAUCUUCAAUAAACUUUCUCGGAUAGACAUAACUGAAACAUAGAGAUACAAAGGAUCAAAUCUAGGUCAUUUCAUUCAAAAUUUUCAGAUGUUUUAGCUCACCUGAGCCAAAGGCUCAAGGUCAGCUUUUGUGACCACAUGAUAUCCGUCGUCCAUCGUGCAUCGUGCACCGUGUGUCUGUCAACAAUUUCUUUUCUGCACGAUAGUGUUUUCAUUUAUAAUUUGAUAUAACCAAGCUAACACACAACUUGUAUCACCAUUAGAUCUCGGUUCUUCUCUUGAACCAGCCAUAUUUCAUGAAGGCUUCUAGAGUUAAGACCCCUGAAAGGGCACAAAUUGGCUAUUUUUUUGUUGUUGUCUUCACGAUAGUGGAGUAUAGUGCACGCAACUUGUAUCACCAUAAGAUCUCGGUUCCUUUUUUUCUUUAACCAGCCAUAUUCCUCGAUGGUUUCUAGAGUUACGGCCCCUUAAAUGGCCAGAAAUUGACUAUUUAGUCUUUUUUGCACAAUAGCAGUUUCAUUUUAUAAUUGGAUUUUAACCAGACUUGCACACUAGUUGUAUCACCAUACGAUCCCGGUUCCUUUCUUGAACCGGCCAUAUUCCACUAUGGGUUUCAGAGUUAGGAACCCUGAAAGGGCCAGUAAUUGGCUCUUUUGGUUUGUCUGCACAAAAGCGGUUUCAUUUAUAAUUGGAAUUUAACUAAACUUGCACACAACUUGUAUUACCAUAAGAUCUCGGUUCCUUUAUUAAACCAGCCAUAUUUCACAAUGGGUUCCAGAGUUAAGGGCCACUGAAAGGGUAGAAAAAAUUGGCUAUUUUGGUGAUUUCCAUAUUCAAAGAAAACAUAGCUUUCUACAGAAUUGAAAUUUCUGAACAUCACACAAACUCCAUGUCCAUACUUGUAAAUUAGCAGUGCUCAGUACUCAUGGUUAGGUCUUGUGAUCACGCUGUGUCCGCCGUCCGUCCGUCAAGUUGUCCGUCUGUCGCCAACAAUUGUUAUUAAAUGGCAUCUCCUCCAAAACCACUGAAUGGAUUUUGACGAAACUUUGCGAGGAUGUUACUUGGAUGGUCCUCUACCAAAGUUGUUCAAACGAUUCCGCUUGGUUACACAUAGGGGGCCACCAAAGCUAAAAAUAGAAAAAUCUUCAAACGACAUUUCCUCCUAAAUGUUCAAGUAAGAAGGUUCAAUUGAACACACAUUUUCCUCUCGCAUAUGAAACGGCGGGUCUGAAUUAACAUAUUAAAAUUCUCGAAUGGUGGAACUGUUUUCAUUUGUGAAAGGACCAGUACAAAAUUUGACUAGGUGUCUGAUCUACACUCCGAGUUUUAUUUAAAACUCCUACCUGCCAAAACAACGACUAAAAAGACGUAACCAGCUACCGUAAUAUGUGUUUAGUGAUUGAAAGGUCGAUUAAUAUUUGGUUUGUUUUCAAAAAUAGACAGACAAAAAGCAUAUAAUUUUCGAAAAGAUCAAAAGGAUUACGCUAAAUUUGAGUUUUAAGGCCUUUUCCUACUUCAGGGAGUAGGGGUGCAUUUUGACUAGAACCCACACGUUCAAGUUCAUUUAGGCGUAGAAAAAGUGUUUGUUUCCGGUAUCCCGACCUACCCUAAAUUUUUGUCCCUACCCUAAAUGUUUUUAUGGCCUUGGAGAAUAAUUUUUUCAACUUUUUGACAAAACUGCACUUUUUAUGCUUUAAACAUGGUUAGUGAUGUGAAAAAUCCACUUCCUGAUGCUCUAAAGGCAUAACCCCCUUAUUUGUAUUCAUUUUUUGACACAAAAAUAAUUUCCGAAAAGUCUCCCUUAAUAAAAAAAAUUCCAAAAAAAAAAAAAUUUUCCUACCUACCUACCCUAAUUUUUUUGAGCAUGUUACCGGAAACAAAGAAUUUUUUUAGGCCUUAUGCACGCUGCAAAUAUCUUCAAGCAAGUGUGGUUCCUUUAGGAUGUUGUAUAUAUUUCUUUCGUUGAAACAACAGAAGAGUUGUACAGUAUAGUAUAGUACGGUAAAGUAUAGUAUAGCAUAUGUGCUAACAUACAUGUAUUCAAGAUAAUUCGACGCCGCCCUGAAGGCGGUGUCGAGUAUAUGGGAUACACUUUUAUUUCGGACCCUGUAAAGAUGGUAAUGAAUAGUAUCGGAGUGAUAAACUGAACACAGUGAAUAGUUUGUAAAAGGAUCAACGAUAUUGCACAAUACAUUUGGUAUCAAGUCAACUCGUCCCCUAGUCAACUCGUCCCCAGUCAACUCGUCCCCGAUUUGGUCAUUUCGUCCCCCAAAAUUGGUCAUUUCGUCCCCCUCAUGAUAAAAUUUGGUCAACUCGUCCCGAUUUUGGUCAACUCGUCCCCCUUUUGGUCAAUUCUUCCCCUUUUUAGAAAUUUUGUCCCCCUUAAUAUUUUAGGCAUUUUUGCUUUUUUGACUUUGAAAACUUUUAUUUAAAAUCAUCGUGAGUUUUGAAGGAGUUAUAUUAGAAAUAAUUAACUUUAAAUAAUUAGGUUUGAUAAAAUAGUAAAAGAAAUAUACUGAAAAUAUAAGACAAUUAACUGAAAUAAAAUAUGAAAAAAUAAAUACAAUGCCCUUAGUAUUUUAAAUAUAAUAUAUUAGAAAAUCUAAUUAACUUUUUAAAAAUCAUAGUAAGAAUAGAGAGAGCAAUAAAUCCUUACCUCUGGUCAUAAUAAAAGAAAGUUUUAAUUAGAAAUUAAAUAAAGAAUAAAUAAACAACUAAUAUCUGUCACAUAUGUUUUACUAAAAAUAACCAACAUGCUAUUUAUCCAUUUUUGUCAUUAAAAUAAAAAAAGAAAUACUUAAAUACUUCAAAAGUAGGGAGACAGUGGUUUCUAAAAAAAAAGUAGAAUGAGCAUAUACCUGCAUACGAGGUGUUAAAGGUUAUUAAUCACAUUAAAAGGCCUUGAUUGGGCUGAUUGGAAGGUGUUAAUGGUAUUUAAUUGCAUGAGAAGUUGUUGAUUGACUGAAUGAAAUGUGUCAAAAUUUUCCCCUAGUAGAAAUAAAUGUGUUAAUAGUUGAUUGGAGUGAGGAAAGUAUUUGUUAUAAAAAAAAAGUUUAAUAAAAAAAGUUUAAUCUUAUUCAAGAGUUUGAAAAUAAGCAGCAUCAAAUACGGACAUUUAAACAGCAAUCAUGUUAUCCAACAUAGCAGACUUACAAAAACAAAGAAAAAAAACCCCAGAAAAUCCUCCUUGUUAAAUCGAUCAUUUUUAAAGCAAAAAAGUUCUUAAAACAAACGAAAACUUAUGUACAUUUUUAGCAUAAAAUAUACUUAUUUGAAAGAAAAAACCGUCUUAAUUUAUUAUACUUUGAUUUUUUUUCAAAAAUACGUUUUAAAAAGGGGGGCCGAAAAGGGGGGACGAAAUGACCAAUUUGAAAUCGCAUUUUAGUGAAUAAACAAAAAAAUGGCAAAAAGAAAACAUAAAAUAUAUAUGUAAUGCAACUUAUUAUGUGAUUUAAAACAAUGCUAUCUGUCUUUCCUCUCCUUAUUUGUAGAGCAGAACAUAUUUUUUUAUUUAUAAUUUCGUCAAAAAUGUUGAUCCGAUUUAUUGAUAAGGGAGAUUACUCUGUAAGUCAAGUUUUCUAUUUCUAUUCUUA